GCACGUUGUUUCCACGGAGAACCUGGACUUUCCGUCUUUAUUCCCUUGUCUGGUCAGAGGAGAGGAGCUGGACGGGAAAACGCUGCAGAAAUGAUCUAACAGCUGCUGGAUGGACAAGGUGACAGCAGUGAAGGUGGUGAGCUCCGGUGGAGGAGCUGCAGCCAGCAGCAGCUCAGUGGUCAAAAAGUCAGUGACAACCUCUGGAGUUACAUCACAGAGUGAUUUUUCUUUCAGCUCCGGUGGGUCAGGUGGACGAGUUGCAGCAGGAGGAUCGGAAGGUACGAGCAGUUCAGUUCUGAUCAAAUCUAGCAGCUCCCACCGCUGUGGAUUUGGAGCCGGGAACGAACGCAUCACCACCGUAGGAACUUCUUCUGCCCAGUCCUCAGGUCAGAGGUCAGGGGCCUCAGGGGCCGCUGUGGCCUCAGGGAGAGGAGAGCGGUCUAAAGAGGCCGGAGGAGGGUCCUCUAGCAUGUCCUACAGUUUUGGAAGUGGAAGCAGAGAAACUAAAAAAGAAGGGGGUCUUGGUGCUGUGACCGUUUCCACGGUGACCAAAAGCAGCUACGCAUCAGGAGGGUUCAGGGAAGGGAAGAAGGGCUCAGCAUCCUCUGGCAUUACGUACUCACCUCCUCCAAAGGAGAGGAAGAGUGUGACCACCAUGGCAGCUGCUCUGUCAGACGUCUUUGACGAAAGCUCAGACUCUUCCCUGGAGUACAGCAGGAAGAAGUAUGGGAGUUCAACUGCAACUACAACUUCAGCCACUAGAGGGAGAAGUCAAAGCAGAGAGAGUGAGAUCAGAGCCAGGCUUCAAAGUGCUUCACCUCCAGCCAGAUGGACGGAGCUGGAUGACGUGAAGCGUCUGCUGAGGGGAAACCGCUCCACCAGCACCAGCCCCACCCAGUCCCCCAACAACACACUGCCCAUUCCCAAGAAGGCCAGUGUGGAAGCCAAGGCCACAUCUGAGAGCUCCUCAGGUCCCAUCGAUCAGUACGGCAGCGUUUGGUCAGGGGAUGUGAGCAGUGGAUAUUACAGCUCAAACCCCAACAACUACACCGCUACCUCCCAUCUUUACCCGUCAGGUGCAGGAGUCCAGAACAACCUGACUCUCGGCUCUUCCUCUGCGAACGCCGGACAAUCUGUCAGCGGCUCCGUGCCAGUAUACGGUGUGCAGAAUAACCUGACCAGUCCAACGGUCUUCUCACCCGCUGGUGCCGGCGCACAGAUAGUUUAUGGUGUGCAGAAAAAUGUCUCUGGAACAACUGCACCCACAGUGAGACCCAGCAGUCCCACCAUUUAUGAGGCCUCAGGGAAAGACUUCAACUUUGUGCUGAUAGAGAAGGAGAACGCUCCCAUCAAGAAGGAGACGGAGCUGCUCAUCAUGGACAAAGACACCGGGAAGCACUUUGUGUCGACUGCUCCUGCCACUUUGUCAGGCACUUACUCUGAGGACUCGCUGAAGAGGGAGAAAGAGAAACUUUUGUCCAGCGCAGUGGAUAAAGGAACUGAUGCCAAAUCUUCAACCUUGAAAUCUACCACAAAAGACAAAGCAACCUAUGCAGCGAUCCAUAAAGACGAGUUGGGUUUUGGGUUCUGCUCCUGCUGCAGCUGGUGGAAGUGGCUGCUGGCCCUCGUCUUCACCCUGCUGCUCCUCCUGGGGCUCCUCAUCGGACUCAUCGUUUUGGGUGUGGAGGUGGGACACCUGAAGAACCGUGUUCAUACUCUGGAAUCCGCCACUGGCAUUGUAUCAGCCCUAACAGAUAAUUCAAUCUACCUUGGGCCUGGAGGAGGCAUAGGAGCCAGAUCAGGACAGAGGAGAGCCGCCCUGCAGACAACCGUUCAGCAGCUGCUCAGAGACGAACUACAAUCAAAUGAUAUGAGAGAAACUCUUGCUUAUUCUCUUAAAGGAGAGAAGGGAGAACCAGGACCUAUAGGUGAUCCAGGGGCACUUGGACAAAAAGGCGAUAGUGGCUUUCCUGGACUGCCAGGUCCUCCUGGACAGAUUGGACACUCAGGACUGGAUGGACCAAGGGGACCAAAAGGAAAUCCAGGUGAACCAGGUCCAGAAGGACAAUCAGGGCAGAGGGGACGGGAGGGACCAAUGGGUCCCCGGGGGGAGUCUGGACCCCCUGGUGUUGGAGAGAAAGGAGAUAAAGGUUCUCAGGGUGAACCAGGACAUCCUGGUCCUGCUGGAGCUCCUGGACCCCUUGGUCCAAAAGGUGCUGCUGGAGAGCAGGGUAUCUCUGGAGUCCCAGGCGUACCUGGUCCAAAGGGAUUCCAAGGUGAAGCUGGACCUUCUGGAGCCAAAGGUGACCGUGGAGCCCCAGGUGUUCCAGGAAUUAAAGGGGACAAUGGAGAAAGAGGACCUCGUGGACCAGUGGGUGAAUCAGGAACUCCUGGACCUCAAGGCCCAUCUGGACCAAAGGGAUCUAAAGGAAGUGGUGGUGAAUCGGGUUCAAUAGGACUUCCUGGUGCUAGAGGUUUACCGGGUCUCCCUGGUGACGUCGGUCCCCAAGGACCUCCUGGAAUCCAAGGACCCCCAGGUGUUGCAGGAAUUCCAGGCCAGCCCGGUGGUAAAGGUGAACCAGGAUCUCCUGGCAAAGUCAUCGGCCCGAUAAACUCUGACACUGUGGCUAUUCCUGGACCUCCAGGACCAGCUGGACCUCCAGGUUCUGCUGGGCCCCCAGGUUUGUCUGGUCCCAUUGGUCCUGCUGGAGUCCCAGGCCAACCAGGUACAAAGGGAGAACGAGGGGAUAAGGGAGACAAGGGGGACCAAGGUCAACGUGGAGAGCCAGGGACUGGCCUACCUGGACCCCCAGGGCUCCCAGGGUCCCAAGGUGAACCUGGACCUCUGGGGCCUCCUGGUGAGGGUAAGCAGGGGCCCCCGGGCCGCAGAGGCCCUCCUGGAGAUCCAGGUGUUGGAACUCCUGGACCUCGAGGAGAGAAAGGAGAGCCUGGCAGCUUCUUGCCAACAUCUGAAACCUUCUUUGCUGGACCACCAGGACCUCCAGGUCCACCUGGUAAAGAAGGAGCACAAGGAUUCCAAGGUGAACCAGGUCAGCCGGGGCUUCCAGGGACUCCAGGGUUCCCGGGACCUCCAGGACCUCCAGGUGGCCCAGUAAUAGCAGGAGGGGAACCUGGAAGCUCAUUCAUUCCCGGACCACCUGGACCACCGGGACCACCAGGACCACCUGGGAGUGAAUCACCUGCUGUUGGCCAGUAUAUUGCUGACUAUCUCCAAAGCGACAGCAUCAGACAGUACUUGGCUGGACCUCCUGGACCUCCUGGAGAACCAGGCUCUCCUGGUGUUUCAGAAGACGCCCUGGUGGAUAACGUAGCCAGUCGAGUUAUCUCCUACAUCCAGAGUUCCGGCCCGGGGGCGCCUGGCCCACCUGGCCCACCUGGAUCCGUCUCUGUCAAUGACAUCAUAAGUCUACUGCAACGAGAUGAAGUGAGGCUGUACCUUAUGGGUCCACCAGGCCCACCAGGACCUCCUGGAGGUCCAGGUAUCGGCGGGUUCUCGCUUAACCCCCAGGAGGUGGCUGAACGCGUCUACAGCCUCUUGAAUCAGAGAGGGGCGCUGGGUGCACCUGGAGCUCCAGGACCUCCGGGGCCUCCGGGGCCUCCUGGGAACCUGUUGGCAACUGGAUUUCAGUCUCUUAUCGGCCCUCCAGGACCCCCUGGUGCACAGGGUGUUCCUGGGCCACAAGGUCCGCCUGGCCCCCCCGGACCGCCAGGAUUUGGGAGCUAUGUCAGCUCGGACAUCCGUGACUACCUGCAGAGUGUUUCCCUCAAAGGCCCUCCAGGCCCUCCGGGGCCCCCUGGACCAGAGGGCCCUCCUGGUCCAAUCGGACGAAUGGUUUCUUUUACAGACCACAACAGAGACCUGCUGAAGCCUGAAAGACAAGAUUAUGAGUUUGAUGGUGGUGAUGGUUUGAGUCGACCCAUGUUUGGACCUCCUGGUCCACCGGGGCCCCCUGGACCUCCGGGACACAAGGGAGAGUCAGGUUUGGGCAGUAGCACCGAGUGGGGCCCGAACUCUAUUGACUUAUCCAUCAUGGCUGAAAGACUGACUGAUUACAUCAAAGCUCAUGGCGUUCUGGACGGCAUCGUUGAGAACUACAAUAGCAGGAUCUUCCAGGGUCCUCCAGGGCCACCUGGGCCUCCAGGCCCCGCCUGGUUUGGUUCCCAUGGAAACGCCACAAAUAUUAUGGAAAUUAUCGAAGCCGUUAAGCAGCAGAGCCGCACUGGACCUGCCAUCCACGGGCCCCGGGGACCACCCGGCCCCCCGGGUCCACCAGGAGAGAGCCGACUGUUUGGUUCUCACACCAACGUUGUUGAUAUAAUGGACUACAUCAAAGCCCAUGGAGUGAUUGUGGGACCACCAGGGAGACCAGGACCGAAAGGGGACCAAGGACUUCCAGGACUAACAGGAGCAAAAGGUGAACGAGGUUAUCCUGGGCCUCAGGGAUACAGAGGACCAAAGGGUGACAGAGGAGAUUUCUCGCUGACAACAAGAAGAAGGAGAAGUUCUGGUGUUUGAUCGCUCAACUCAGAGCUCCAAGUGGGAUCAUGAAAGCUGUUCUUAUUAGUGACUGAACAUUGCUGUGGAUUGUGUAAAGUAUUGAAUUUUAUGGUAUGACGUUUGUGUUCAUUAUGGGCAUUUUUAAAGGAUAUUUUUUAAAUGUUUUUUUUGUAUGUACGAGAGACCAAAGCAGAAGCUUUUCUUUAAAGGAAAUAUUUUAUUUACAGCAGAAUCAAAAUCAACAUUCCACAAGCAUUUCUAAAAACUAUACAUGUAUUUAAAAAAAUUAAUCAUUGAUGUCGAUAUGUUUUUGUUUUCAGUCUAAAUUUAGGAAGUUGAGCAGUUUUUGUAUAAAUAGUAACUGAAAAUAUUUUUCUAAAAAAGGUGCACAGCACUCCAUUAUAUUUACUUAACAACUCAGAACAGCCAAUCAAGAAAAACAAAAACGAGAUGAACCAAUCAGAGGUCAGAAAGGCCUAAACCAGUCAGGUCCAGUUUUUUUUUUAAUUACUAAAAGUAAAUGAAAAGAAAUGAAUUUUUGUGUUUUGUUUAGUUUGCUUGAAUACAGAAUAAAAACCUCCACAACA